AUGGCAGACCUUUUCUCCACAACACCCUCACUCGCAUCGCUGUUCGACGCAACGUCAGGCUUCCUUGGCCAGCCCCCCAACAAUCUAGACGACUAUUACAUUGUCCGUGGCAUAUUCCGCUAUUAUGGCUUGUACAACGUCAACGCGAGCCUAGGCUAUGUCCCCGCCUACGCCACUCCGGCCGUGUUCUCGCACGACUCCAAGCAGCCCGCUAUAAUCGCCGGCAUGGUUAUCGUGAUAGCAGUGAUUGUCGCGUCCACGGCCACCAGGCUCGCCCUGAGGGCCUUCAAGCCAAUGCUCCACUUCGGCUGGGACGACUGGACCGUCCUGCUUGCAUCUUGCAUAGCAAUAACAUACCCGGUCUACCAAGUAGUCAUGGCCACCAGCGGAGGAGGUGGCCUCCACACAUGGGACGUCACAUAUAAUCAAUUCGAAAUGUUCUGGUACUACGGCACAGUAUCCCAACUCACCUACUACGUCUCCGUAGGGCUGAUCAAGAUCUCCAUCACCUUGUUCAUCCGCCGCCUGAUAGACAGGUCGCACUCGCGGUGGUACGCCCUAGCAGCAGACGUCUUCCUGGCCACGCUGGUCAUCUAUGUUCUGCUCGCCAUCUUCUGGUCCGUCUUCUCAUGCGCCGACCAACCGAGAGCGUCCUUCAGCCUACGUUACACCGGCGCGCUGGACACACCGCCCGUGUGCGGCAAUGUUUUCGCCCGGGCCUGGACGAUGAGCGUCGUGCACGUGGUGCAACAGGUCAUCCUGCUCGCCAGCCCGAUCGUGAUCCUCUGGACAGUGCGUAUGGACAAGUACAAGAAGGCUCGUCUGUUCGCCAUCUGGAUCGCCGGCGCUGUCAGCGUCCUGGGCGGCCUGCUGCGCCAGACACAGUCGUCCAGUGAGUAUGCGUCUGAUAUUAUGUGGAAUUACACAUCUAUCUUGGUCUGGACCAGCCUUGACCUGUGCAUGGGGCUCGUAACCGCCAACCUGCCCGUCAUGGACGCCUUUUUGUUCGGAUCCUGGGUGAGCACCAAGACCACGUAUGGGGCUGGCGGAGUGUCUUCGGGCGCAGCCGGUCAGGAUCUGGAGUAUGGCAAGGCGAGCCGGGCGACGACGGGGCCCCCGACGAACAGGAGCUUGGUGGGGAGGGAUGAGGAGGGGGAUCGUAACUCCUCGACUGAGAAUAUCAUCCGCGUCGAACACGAGGUUGAGCUGUCUUACAUGCCCGCUGACUCACACGAUGACAGCAGCAGUGGCGGCCCUGUGCGCAUGUGCAGUAUCAGCAGCAGGGGUAAGAGCAGAGGCAGGAAAUCAGGGGAUAGAUGA